AUGGAUCAAGUGACGAACCUGUGGAAGCACACGGUUGCGUCGUACAACCCGUACGCCAUCGAUGUUGUAGGCAACCUCGUCAUCCAAGUUGUCUUCUGGUGGAUACCCUGCAUCGUGUUUGUCUCUCUCGACACCAUCGCGCCGGCGUUCUCCGAGCGCCACAAGAUCCAACCGGCGCCGAAGCAGCCCACGGCGGCUGAGAUAUGGCACGCCGUCGCAGUAUCAACUCGGAACCAAAUCCUCAUCACCGCCAUCCACCUCGCCCUGACUUAUGCUUCUUACGCGCAGGGUCACCCGCCUGCAGUCCGCGUUGAGGCCGCGUUGCCCUCGCUGACCGAGUUCGCGCGCGACUUCAUCAUCUGCGUCGUCGUGCGCGAGGCACUCUUCUAUUAUUCGCACCGGCUCUUCCACGUGCGCUACUUCUACAAGCGCAUCCACAAGAUACACCACAAGUUCACCGCGCCGGUCGCCUUCUCGUCGCAGUAUGCGCAUCCGAUCGAGCACAUCGUGGCCAACACCCUGCCGAUCGCGCUGCCGCCCCUGCUGCUGCGCACGCACAUCCUGACCAUGUGGGUGUUUCUCGCCUGGCAGCUGGUCGAGACUUCGACGGUGCACAGCGGCUACGAUUUCUUCGGUGGCGCGGCGCGAAAGCAUGACAGGCACCACGAGAGGUUCGAUGUUUACUUUGGGGGCAUUGGCGUGCUGGACUGGUUUCACGGGACCGACGAGAGGCUGAGGUUGAAGGGAAAGAAGGCGGAGUAA